UCCAUUGUCGUCCGACUUUUAUUUCUCUCUCUCUCUCUCCUCUGUAGAUUUUCAGGGGUUUUCUAUGUUCUGCUUGCUUUUGUGUUUGUGAACCUAUGGCUUGAUAUGCAUAUGAUCUGGAGGUCAUUAUCACGUCCAUGGAAUUUGGUGUCCGGGUUGGAAAUGGACGUGGAUCCAGGCUUUUGUCGGGAUCGUUCUGAGCUAGGGGUUUUCGCUUUCUUUUGGCUUUCCGCUUGAAUUUUCUGUUGUUAGGGCUUCUAUCUAGGGUUUUGAAGCGGUGGUUAUCUACAAAUGGAAGAUGGGGCUGAGAUUGUGGAUGGGUCAUACGCGGAAGAGAAGAAGCUUACGGAGGAUAAGGUUCGCGAUGAUGAGGUGGAGAAGAGGGAGUCGGUGGAAUCAGAUUUAGUGAAGGACGCAGAAGACGAAAUUUUUGAGGAAGCAAUCGAUCUACAGGAGGAUUUGCCCGAGCAGGGUGGACAACCUGGAUCAUCUGAUGCAAGUGCGGUUCAUGAGGAUUCUGCUUUAGAGGUAGCUUCUGAGAAUUCAAAGGGCGAGCAUGAAGUCGAGGAGUUCGAAGAGGCCACGGACACUCUCGAUGAUAACGACGGUCACCUUGAGCUAAAUGCGGGAAAUGCAAAUGAUUUAGGAGAGGCUGAAGCCAAUUUGGAGAUUCCCGAAAUAAAUGAUGGUAAAGGGGAGCUCGAGUUUGGCGCUAAUCAAGAUGCGGAAAUUUCAAAUGGUCACGGUGAAGUGAACUUGGAUGUUGCUAAGAAUCCUGCGAAGGUCGACACCACAGAUUCCAAUUCACUGGUUGAUGGAUGGAGUGUGGAAAAUGGAAAUGUCCAUUCGUUUGUCGAAAAUGGUGUCGGCAUUCAUGAAGAGAAGAAAGAACUUGGCACUCAAGCUACUUCAAAAGAUGCUGAGCCCAAGGACUCGGAAGAUAAAGGCAUCAUAGAUGGAUAUGAGGCGAGAACUGAUACCUCAGCUUGUACGCAAGUAGAUCAUCAGGUUGAGGAAGGUGAAGGAAUGGGUAAAAGCUACUCUGAGAAAGGUUCAAUAUAUGGAGAAAAUGAGGCUGGGGCACAAAGAAACGGCAAUCUCAGUUCCAAGAAUGAGCUUAUUGGGGAUGAAGCAGUUGGAGAAGCAGUCAGUAAUCAUACCCCUAGUGAAGGGGAUGACACAAAGAGUGAUGUUCGAAGCACUUCUUGUGACAAGACGUCAGAAGCUGGAUGCUUGUUCUCUGUGGAGAAAUCUAUUGUUGAGGAAAAGGGUGAAGUCGAAAAUCAUAGUAAUGGUUUGAUUCCAGUGGAUCACUUGGUUUCUCCUUCUCCGAGAUCAAAUUCAGAAUCCGCUGAAGUUCAUAGCUAUUAUGCUAUUAUCGAGGGAAACGAUAGAAAGCAUGAGGCAAUUCAAAGUAUAAAUCCAGAACAUGAGCAGCUGCAAAAACCUUGUGCUAACAUUGAACGUCCGAUUAAGGAAAGCUCACAGGUGAACAGAGAAUGCGAGGAACCACGUGCUGUAAGUUCUGCUUCAUCAACAGAGUCUAGAGGUAAUAGUACUGCAGCAUCACCUCCUGUUCGUCCGGCUGGUCUAGGCCGAGCUGCUCCACUUUUGGAACCUUCAUCACGUGUUUCUCAACAGCCUCGUGCAAAUGGCAGUGUUUCCCAUUCACAGGCUCAGCAAGUUGGGGACUCUGCUACUGGUGAGACUGAUGAGCAUGAUGAGACCUGUGAAAUGCUUCAGAUGAUCAGGGUGAAAUUUCUGAGGCUUGCUCAUAGGCUAGGACAAACACCACAUAAUGUUGUCGUUGCUCAGGUUUUGUACAGGCUUGGACUGGCUGAACAGUUGCGGGGUAGAAGUGGCAGCCGUGUUGGUGCUUUUAGUUUUGAUCGUGCCAGUGCUAUGGCAGAGCAACUCGAGGCGGCUGGUCAGGUGCCGCUUGAUUUUUCUUGUACGAUUAUGGUACUUGGGAAAAGUGGAGUUGGUAAAAGUGCAACGAUAAAUUCCAUAUUCGAUGAGGUGAAAUUUGUCACUGAUGCUUUUCAGAUGGGAACAAAGAAGGUUCAGGAUGUUGAGGGUUUUGUUCAGGGGAUUAAGGUACGAGUGAUUGACACUCCAGGCCUCUUACCAUCCUGGUCCGAUCAACGACAAAAUGAGAAGAUCCUGAAUUCUGUCAAGAAUUUCAUCAAGAAAACACCACCUGACAUCAUAUUGUAUCUUGAUAGGUUGGAUUUGCAGAGCAGAGAUUCCGGCGACAUGCCGCUCUUGCACACCAUCACCAAUAUUUUCGGACAGUCCAUAUGGUUUAAUGCGAUUGUGGUUUUGACUCAUGCAGCUUCUGCUCCACCAGAUGGUCCAAAUGGCACUGCUUCUAGUUAUGACAUGUUUGUAACACAGCGCUCUCAUGUCAUCCAGCAAGCCAUUCGUCAAGCGGCUGGGGAUUUGCGGCUCAUGAACCCUGUUUCUUUAGUUGAGAAUCACUCUGCAUGCAGGACGAAUCGUGCUGGCCAGAGAGUGUUGCCGAAUGGCCAAGUCUGGAAGCCUCAUUUGCUAUUACUCUCAUUUGCAUCCAAAAUUCUGGCUGAAGCAAGUGCUCUUCUGGACUUACAGGAUAAUAAACCGGGGAGGCCAAUUGCGGCUCGAUCCAAAGCACCCCCUUUACCAUUCCUUCUCUCAUCGCUUUUGCAACCAAGACCUCAAGUUAAGCUUCCUGAUGAGCAGUAUGAUGAUGGAGAAGAUGGGGAAGAUGAUUUGGGAGAGCCGUCAGAUUCUGAUGAGGAGUCAGAAUAUGAUCAGCUUCCUCCCUUUAAACGGUUGACUAAAGCUCAGGUGUCUAAGCUUAGCAGAGCCCAGAAGAAGCAGUAUCUUGACGAGCUGGAGUAUCGGGAGAAACUAUUUAUGAAGAAACAGAUGAAAGAAGAACGAAAGAGACGCACGAUGAUGAAGAAACUUGUUACUGAGAUUAAGGAUUUGCCCAACGAGUACAGUGACAAUGGAGAAGAAGAGAGCAGUGGACCUGCAUCUGUUCCAGUUCCCAUGCCGGAUUUGGCACUACCUGCAUCUUUUGACUCUAAUAACCCAACUCACCGAUAUCGGUACCUUGAUUCCUCCAAUCAAUGGCUUGUACGGCCUGUCUUGGAGACACAUGGUUGGGACCAUGAUGUUGGCUACGAGGGUGUAAAUGUCGAACGGCUUUUCGUUGUCAAAGACAAAAUACCAAUAUCUGUCUCGGGCCAGGUGACGAAAGACAAGAAGGAUGCGAAUGUCCAAAUUGAAAUGGCCAGCUCGAUUAAACAUGGGGAAGGUAAAUUGACUUCACUGGGUUUUGAUAUGCAGAAUGUUGGAAAGGAAUUGGCUUACACUCUUCGAAGUGAAAUGAGAUUUAACAAUUUUAGGAGAAACAAGGCUGCAGCCGGUCUUUCAGUGACUCUCUUGGGCGACUCAUUGUCUGCUGGCGUGAAAGUCGAAGACAAGCUGAUUGCAAACAAACGGUUCAGAUUGGUUAUGUCUGGUGGGGCGAUGACUGGUCGAGGAGACGUUGCUUAUGGUGGUAGUUUAGAAGCUCAGUUGAGAGAUAAAGAUUAUCCAUUGGGUCGGUUUUUGACAACUCUUGGUUUUUCCGUGAUUGACUGGCAUGGCGAUCUUGCCAUUGGGGGGAACAUACAGACCCAGUUGCCGAUUGGACGUUCUACAAAUCUGGUCGCUCGUGCUAAUCUGAACAACAGAGGAGCCGGGCAAGUGAGUAUUCGUAUGAACAGCUCCGAGCAGCUCCAACUUGCUUUGGUUGCCCUCGUUCCCCUGUUCAAGAAGCUACUUAGUUAUUCUCAGCAAAUGCAGUAUGGAUAAUGAUGGAAAGAGCUUUAGGUCGGUCAUCGAGUAUUAUCAGGGAAUAUGAUGAUUAGUCACCAAAGAACAGUCUAGAGUGAAGUUUAAAAAAAAAGGAGCUGCUGCAUCUUCUAUCCUCUUUGAUGUUUCCUUCUCUGUUUGGACUUUGGAAGGCAAAGGCCAACAAUGGCUCGAGGAUAAAGCCCGUUUCUUGCAGAAGUCCCCAAGUGAAUACAUUACAUACCUCAAGUAUUUUGUCAAGAUAUCUACAAACUCAGUAGUGAUCUCUUCUCUCUCUUUCUCUCUCUCUCUCUAUAUAUAUAUAACCACCCUUUUGGUAUGUUAGAAUAAAAGAAUGUUAUUCUAUUUGUUCUUAUCCGUUUGGGUUAAGACAGAUAAUAGCCUCGUUCAAGAGUGUGUAAUUGUAUCUUUUUCUCAUCCUUUCGUUGAAACCCUAAGGCCCUUCGCA